AUGACCAACGAAUCCGCGCUAUUUAAGCCUCUCAGGGUUGGCCGCUCCGAGCUGCUCAACCGCAUCGCUCUGGCGCCCUUGACCCGCUUCCGCGCCGACGACGACAAUGUUCCCUUGCAAGACCUUGUACCCGAGUAUUACGCUCAACGUGCCUCCGUACCAGGCACCCUGCUCAUCACAGAAGCCACGUACAUCGCGCCGCAAGCAGCAGGAUAUCCUCUGGCCCCUGGUAUCUGGUCACAGGCACAGAUUGACGGCUGGAAAGCCGUCACCAAAGCCGUGCACGAGAAGAAGAGCUUCAUCUACAUGCAGCUCUGGGCUCUGGGCCGGGCCUCGCAUCUCGAUGGCCUUAAGAAGGUGGCCGGCCCAGACGCCAAGGUCGUGUCUGCCAGUGAUAUCCCCUUGGAAGGCGGCGAGAAGCCGACGCCACUGACCGAGGACGAGAUCCAUUGGUAUGUCAAGCAGUAUGCCCAAGCAGCCAAGAAUGCCAUCGAGGCAGGCUUCGAUGGCGUCGAGAUCCACGGUGCGAAUGGUUACCUUGUAGACCAGUUCAUCCAGGAUGUCUCCAACCAGCGCACCGACCGAUGGGGCGGCAGCAUCGAGAACAGGGCUCGCUUCGCGCUCGAGAUAGUAAAGGCCGUGACGGAGGCUGUGGGCUCUGACAGGACAGCCAUCAGGCUGAGUCCAUUUUCUGAUUUCCAGAGCAUGAAAAUGGCCGACCCAGAACCUCAGUUUUCGUACCUCGUCAAGGAGCUGAAAAAGUACAACCUCGCAUACAUUCACCUCGUCGAGUCACGCGUCUCGGGGAGUGCGGACAUCGAAGCUACUAAGAAGGUCAACUUCCUGGUCGAUAUCUGGGAUAACCAGAGCCCUGUGCUGCUGGCAGGAGGGUUCAGACCGGCUUCGGCUGUGUCUACGGUGGAUGAGGAUUUCCCGAACAGGGACGUCAUUGUGGUCUUUGGUCGAUAUUUUAUAUCCAAUCCAGACUUGGUGUUCAGGGUGCGCCGGGGCAUCGAGCUUACCGGUUAUGAUAGAGGCACCUUCUACAACCCUGGAAAACCGGACGGGUACAUCACCUAUCCAUUCAGCAAGGAGUACUUGGAGGCGAAGGCAUGA